ACCAGGGAGGCUCAGGGAAGGAGGGAUCAGUGGUGCGCUGAGCGAGAGCAGACGCCCGGGCACUAUGCUGUCUGUGGUAGUAGCGGCGGCCGUGGCUGGAGCACUGGGUGUAUUUCUGCUACUAAAGCUCAAGUUGCCGAAUCUGUGGUACGAUGCGGUCUUGGCGCUCCGGGUCGCCAGCUUCAGCUUGAAACUGCUGCGAGGCUACUUCACCGGCAGGGUGGCCACCGUGCUCGAUCGACUCGAGCAGCAAUCGAAGUCGGACCCGGACAAGAUCUUGCUCCUGUACGAGGGCCGCACUUUCACUUACCGAGAGGUGGACCGAAGGAGCAACCGGAUCGCCCAGGUCUGCGCCCAGCCGUGGGCCGGGUUGCGAGCUGGGGACACUGUGGCGCUGCUGAUGGGCAAUGAGCCCGAUUUCGUGUGUGUUUGGUUCGGCUUGUGCAAGCUGGGCUGCGUCGCAGCGUUCCUCAAUACCACCUUGCAUGCACGGUCCCUGUUGCACUGCCUGGACAACUCGGGCGCCAAGACCCUCAUAGUCGGAGCAGAUCUGAUUGAUGCUGUGAAAGACGUUCUUGCAAACAUCAAGGAGAAGAAUAUAUCAGUAUGGGUCAUGGCAAAAAGUUGUGUAUACCAAGGAGUGGAUACUCUCGCAGAUAAAGUAGAAAAAGCACCUGAGAGUCCUGUGCCAGCAACGUGGCAAUCUACAGUCCAUUUGAACUCUGCCUUUCUUUAUUUAUUCACUUCAGGAACAACAGGCUUACCAAAGGCUGCUAUAGUAACCUGUCAACAGAUCUUGAAGGCAAGUGUUGCACUGGGGACUUUUGGAGUCACUAAGGAUGAUAUCAUCUACAUGCCGCUUCCUCUAUAUCAUGCUGCGGCCUCUCUCUUAGGAGUCUGUGGUUGCAUUGAGCUCGGUGCAACAUGUGUGCUGAAGAAGAAGUUCUCAGCCACCCAGUUCUGGAAUGACUGCAAAAAGUAUAACGUUACAGUAUUCAUGUACAUUGGAGAACUCUGUCGCUAUCUCUGUAAUCAGCCAAAGUCAGAAGGAGAGAAAAAUCACCAAGUACGCAUGGCUGUUGGAAAUGGCAUAAGGUCUGAUAUCUGGAAAGAAUUUCUCAUGCGUUUUGGCAACAUUAAGAUCUGUGAGUUUUAUGGUGCAACAGAAGGAAAUGUUUUCUUCAUGAAUCACACAGGCAAAGUGGGAGCUGUGGGACGAAGCACUUUUCUUCAUAAGGUAUUGCUGUCGUAUAAACUGGUGAAAUUUGAUGUUCUGAAUGAAAAGCCCAUAAGGAAUGAACAAGGAAGAUGUGAAAUAGUUAAAAAAGGUGAGGCAGGACUCCUCAUAUCUUCAGUGACUAAGUGGAAUCCGUUCAGUGGUUAUGUUGGAAACAAGAAGUUUUCAGAACAGAAGCUUCUCAGAGAUGUUUUUAAAAAGGGUGAUGUGUAUUUCAAUAGUGGGGACCUUCUGUCUGAAAGAGAAGAUGGCUAUAUUUACUUUUGUGAUCGGAUUGGAGACACAUUUAGGUGGAAAGGGGAAAACGUUGCAACCACAGAAGUGGCUGAAAUAAUUGGACUGCUGGAUAUGGUGGAAGAAGCCAACGUGUAUGGAGUACCUAUUACAGGAUAUGAAGGCAGGAUAGGAAUGGCAGUGAUCAUCCUGAAACCAGAUCAAGUGUUUGAUGGAAAAAAGAUAUAUAACCACGUCGUGAAACAUCUGCCAAGCUAUGCUUACCCCCGCUUCCUGAGGAUUCAGAAAACCAUGGAUAUAACUGGAACAUUCAAGAGAAAGAAAUUCAAAUUGGUAGAAGAAGGAUUUAAUCCGAAGAUAAUAAGUGAGCCUUUGUAUUUUCUGGAUACUAUCGAGAAAUCUUACAUCGCGAUGACAGAACAAAUCUACAACCAGAUUUUGUCAUUCAAGAUAAAAUUAUGAGCCAUAUUUUCGAUGUGCACAUUUUGCUGUUAUGACUACAGGAAUUCAAUAUGACCACUUGACUAGCAGAUAGUUUUCUGGCAUUAAUUUUAAUACCAAGUAUAUUUUAUCAGAAGAUGUAAUUUUUCAGUUGUUUAUGAUUUUAACUUGAUUUCUGUAACAAAAUGAAUCUUGAAAUUAAAUACAUUUUUAAAAAGGUUCUAAGCUAUUUAAAAGAAGUCUGCACUAGUUCUUUUUUGACCAAGCAAUGCUAUAAAUCCUCCCAGAUGGUUUCUGGUGUUGUCAUGCACCACCGAUAAGACACAUUUAAAUUCUUCACCCAGAUCCCAAUAAUCUUCUUAAAUAUACAGUUAUAAUCUUAAUCACAGUAUCCAUUUCAUUCCUACUAUCACUCAUCAACUCAUGUUCCUAGGGUGUCACUGGCCCUUGUGCCUCCUCCCAGCAUGGACUUCUGACCCACCAACCUGGGGGGGGGGGCUGCCUGACAUGGGGAGGGGAACAGCAGCCAUUGUCCUUACUUGUCUUCGUCCACAGAUGUCAUUUGUCACACAGCCACGUCGCUGGCCUUGGAAUGUGGGGCGGGGGCCUAGACUCUAGCCUGAUUGCUAAUGCCCUGCUCUGUCCCUAUGAAACUAAAAAAAAUUCAGUUGCUGUAAGUCUUGAGCCAUGAGUGUCCAGAAGAUGGAGGGAAUUACUGCUUGAUUGAGAUCAAUGAAUUAAAACCAUUCUCCAUCGAAGUUCCUGUACCAAGGUGAUGUAUUUAUUCACCGAGUUAUUCCGCACAAAUAAUAAUUUAAAUGUAAUAAGAAUUCCAUGCAGUUUCUUUGUAAACUUGUGCAGUUAGAAGCUUUUUUUCAUAUUUCAUGUAAUGUUUAUAUGUUUUAGCACCAUAUAAGGAGAGUUGUGGAUAAAUUUUUCCCCAAAAUCAACAGAUUUAUUUAAAUAGUCAUGAAUUUUAUCAUAAUGUUUCAGCAUUUAAAAGCUGAUUUUCCGUGAUUUCAAUUUUUGUACUUGUCUAUACUUUGAAUACAGUAAUUCAUUUAAUUAAAGGAUGCUUUUGCAAUUUUGAAUCAACUCCCAUACUGCCACCCAGUAAUUUGAUGAGCUAGGUGUGCCUGGACAAAUAAAGCAUGAAAUAAUUUCAAUAAGUUUUCCUCAACUUCUUUAUAUAUUAGAUGCUAUAAAAUUGAUAUCAUUUAAAGUUAUAGGAAUGUUGUAUUCUAUGCUUCGAGUAAUCCACACAAAAUGUAUUCUAUGUUGUAUUCUAUGCUUCGAGUACCAGCCACAAAAUCUGAUACAUUUAAACAUAAAUUAUUGAUACCAUAAGUAAUUAAUAUUCCUUGUCAACGUUAUAUAUUAAAAACAUGAAGCAUAAUAACAUUGACAACUGCACUAUUAUUCAUGAUUGAGAGAAAUUAUUUUUGUAUGGAGAUAUUAAAGUAUGUUGUUUAAUUUAUGUGUUCACGUAUCUGAAUUUCUUAGAAACACUUUACUGUAAACUUGGCUGAACUUGUUAGACUUUUGGACAGUUAUCUUUCUCAUGUGUCUCUCUCUUAAUCUAAUUCAGUAGUAGUGAAUUAAACAUGAGGAACGGCAGAGUUCUCAGGAAAUGGAAAGACAAGCUUGUUAGUUGAAACCUGCAUAUCACAUAAAGGUAAAUCUAAACUAUGCUCUAAUUGUGUUUCACUUGUCUAUUCCAACGCCAACAUCGUAAAACAGUUCCUUUUGAAAAAGAGGCUAUUCUGCCAGAAAAGUAGUACAGAAUUCUAAAGACGCUGUUAGGAUGCUAAAUCCGUGAUAUUUUAACUUUGAAGCCGGAGGAAAUAAUGGAAUACUUCUAAGAGUCAAUAUAAACCUCCACUUAGAAAAGCAGGGAUAUAUGGAUUUGUUCAAGGACAAUUGCACCUGACUGAACAGUUUAAAUUUUUUGAAUAGGUUUAAGGAAGGCCGUUGGAGAAAGUGCAUUUAAUAUAGUCUUAAUGUGGUCUACAUGAACGUUAACAAUGCCUUUGAGGUAUUGCAGACUGAUAAUGAAACCUCAUCAAUCUAAGGAAGAGCACCAUAUUGGAUCUAAUUAACUCUGGCAGAAAAUCAAGGGUAAUGGUUAACUGAUGUUUUUGUGGUUGGAAGGCAGAUUCUACAGGGCUCAGAACUGAGUCUCUUAGUUUUUGUAAUACUGUAUGUAUUUAUGAUUUAGACCUAAACGAAUAAAAAACAAAAAGAUUU